AUGAACGCCGCGUUCCAACUCGAUUCAAAAGCUUUCUCCAUCGGUCUGGACUAUGUCGUCGCGGCGAAAGAUGGAGCGGGGAUUGCCGCGAAGGUCGCCAAGAAAGGGAUGCUUCAAAAAAAGCCAUAUCAGCCUCUGGCUCCUGAAAUCCACACAAUUCCAUUUCGCAAAUACUUCUACGGCACCUUUGCCGGGCAGAUCGACGAGGAUUAUUGGGCCGUGGUGCAUUCCAUGGAUAAGCUCCAGGACAAGGCCAUAUUCAAGCGCAUCGAACGGAGCAAGAUCGCCUGUAUCGCAACGAUCUGGGGCACCCUCCCGAAUUUAUACGCGGAGGAUGAACUCCAAGCGAUCGAGAUGCCGUAUGAGCUGAAAGUCAACCCGAAGAAAUCAUACCGGAAAUUCUCAGCGACCCGUAAUAACGAGUGUCCGAGCGCGAGAGAGCUCAUGCUAUGUCAUACUACACGCUGUGGAUGA